AUGAGCCUGCUGGCCCCUGUGAGCCGCAUCUUGCGCAUGGGCCGAAGCGCCGUGCAAGUGGCGCGUAUGAGCACGUCGCUGCCGCGUGCUGCGUUUAAGGAAUUCACGAUGCCAGCUAUGAGCCCGACGAUGGAGCAUGGCAACCUCGGCCAGUGGAAGGUGAGCGAGGGCGAUACCUUUUCGGCAGGUGACAUCAUUUUGGAAGUCGAGACGGACAAGGCCAUGAUGGAUGUCGAGGCACAGGACGAUGGUGUGAUGGCGCGCAUUGUGGUGCCCUCUGGCACGAAGGACGUGCCCGUGAAUGACCUGAUUGCCUGGCUGGCCGAGGAGGGCGAUGACCUCUCACAGGUGCCUGAGACCAAGGGCGCCUCUCAGCCACCGCGCGACGCACCCAAGGGUGCGGCGGAGGACGCGCCGAAGCAGGCACCUACGCCUGCGUCGAGCGAGCGCAAGAACGAGGUGCCGCACGGCACAGAUACGGUGCAUGUGACCAAGCCCACGUUCCCGUCGGUGCUGCGCCUCGCACAUGAACGCGGCAUCUCCGAGCCGGAAAAAGUGAUCCAAGGCACAGGCCGGCAUGGCAUGAUCACCAAAGGUGAUGUGCUGGCGUACCUGGGCGAUAUCAAGUCGGCCUACGGCACGGCGCAGGUGCACCAUACGACCAUGUCGGAGCUGAGCGGUGCGAAGCGAGACGGAGCUCACGCCCAGGCAUCUCAGCCCGCCUACACGCCCCUGAGUGCAUCAGAACAUCGCCGACUCGUCGUAGCCGGCCUCGCGUCGCUCGGCACCGCGCCGCGCACGCCGGCACCGCCCGCGACCUACGCUGCCGUGCUCGAGGGCUACGGCGCGCCCAAGGCGCCUGCACCACCGCGCCCAUCGACCGCCGCUUCGGCGCUCGCUGCCUUUUAUGAAAAGCUAUAG